UGAACGUCAAACAUGGCGAGUUUCUACACUAGAUGCCUGCAGGAUCUCCCAAACAUUUCCAUCUCAGAUGUCCACCGACUUGUUCGGAUGGGCAGUUCUACACCGAAGAGCAAACGUGAUAAGGGAUACAAAAUGUACCUAUCCAGUUAUAUCGACAAUUAUGAAGAUGACUUUUGAGAACAGCUCACCUGUUCAGAUUGCUGUGGCAGAGUGUUCCUGUGUGGCCGGAACAGCACUCUGUAACCAUAAUGUGGCGCUGUUAUAUCAAACGGCGCACUACUCCACACUCAAUCUUAAGGCAGUGCCUCCUGUCCUUAGCUGCACAGAAACGGAGCAGCAAUGGCACAAACCAAGAACAAUGGGUGUGAAACCAGGCAGAGUAGGUGACAUGGUCAUCAUUUCAACACGGCCAAAGUCCAGGCAGUACACGGUAGCAGAUGGUGUAAGGAGUAAGCGCUACAAGGCUGUGCGAGGGGACUUGCCAGACCCAGAUGUCCUGAAAGUAGAUGAGGCAUACAAGGACUUCACUGCAGACAUUGCUCCACUCAUCACCACCAUGGCAAUAAGCAGCGAUGUUCCACUUGUUGAUUCGGCCUACGGACCAGUCCAGGAAGGUAGCCCCAUCUCCUACCAACAUCCAGUGCCACUGAGUCGGGUAGUAGUUCGUCACCAGGACACCCCUACUCCACCAGCUCUGCCUUUGGAUGGAUACAGGCUGGAUCCAACCACCUGUAACUUUGUUUGCAGCCACCAACAACAGAACCAGCUGACGUCCCUUGCCAUAACCUUGGAUAUGGCAAGGAAAAUAGAAGUUGCAACGAGGGAGCAGAGCAACAGUGUAGAGUGGUACCAUGUCAGGAAACCAAGGCUUACAUCUUCCAGGUUCAGGGAGGUGUGCCAUGUGAGAGGGCACAGUUCUGCUGAGAACCUGGCAGAGAGGAUUCGCAAAGGUGGGGUUCAGACCACUUUAAUGAAGAGGGGGCUGGCGCUGGAGCCAGUUGCUAUCCAGGAGUAUAGCAGAAUCCAGAAUGUAAGUUACUGGCCAUGUGGCUUUGUGAUACACCCAGAUGCACCCUGGCUCGGAUCCUCUCCCGAUGGUGUGGUGUUCGAUCCAACUGAGAGCCCACCAUUUGGAUUGGUCGAGAUCAAGUGCCCCAACGUUAAGUUACAAUGA